UAAAAACACACUCAUCAAGGAUAAACAGUGCCUAAGACAAUUCUUUGGACAUCGAUCCAGGCAUGAAGAUCCUUGCAGUCAUUGCUAUAGUAGUAUUUAAUGGCUGCCAAGCCAGUGUUAUACGGCAGGAUGAGGCCAAACCCAGCUUUGAGAUGGUAAAAGAUGCAUUCUGGGAUUAUGUGUCCAAAGCAACGCUAACAACAGAAGACAUCCUGCAGAAGAUUAAGGAGUCUGACAUGGGGCAAGAAGUCAACACUAGGAUCUCUGAAAGUGGAGAUGCUAUCAACCAGUAUGCUGUGGCUGUUAAGCAUCAAGUGACACCUUUAACUCAGGAGCUGCUGGCUAAGAUGUCCCAGGAGGCAGAGCAGCUAAAGGCACGUCUUCAGCAGGACUUUGGCUCCGUCAAGACUGAGCUGGAACCGUACAUUGAGGAGCUGGCCUCAGAUAUCCAGCAGCAGAUGGAACAAUGGAAGAAGGACGUGGCUCCUUAUACGGAUGUUCAGCAACCUGAGGCUCUAAGAGCUGCUUUGCUCGUGAAGACCCAGGAGCUGAAAAUGAAUCUGGAGAAGAGCACGAGUGAGCUUCAGGCCAAGUUGGGACCCCAAACCGAGCAGCUGGAAAAACAUCUCCAAGACUUCCAGGAAAACAUUGCUCUGUUUGUGCAGAACAGUGAGAAGGUGCCCCAGACAUUGGAUCCAUAUGCUGAAGACCUAAAGACCCAACUCACUUCACUGUGGGAGUCAUUCACCAAAAACUUUCAGUAAUCAGAUUUGAUUUGAUAUUUUCAUAUUUACAAUGUUUCAGUAGAAAAAAAACUCUAAAAGGUGUAAACAAUUGCUGAUUUAGCAGCUUUUCUUUUUUCUUUUUAUCAUUUAUGUUUGUA